CGGGCGCUGCCAUCUUGCACUGGUGACGUCAUUUGGAGCCAGAGUCUGCGCAGUAGUAAUCGGUGUUUGAGCUGUCAUAAGCCGCUCUGUGAGGGAUUCUGCAUGGAAACGCUUCUGGCGGUGGUGCUGCUGCUGCUCCAGCUAAAAGGCAAAGUUGGCUUACUGGUUGAGAUAUGCCAGCUGCUGACCAGCUGCAAGGGCAUUAAAACAAAGAGUAAAAACUGGGGCUUUUUUGGCAACUGCUGCUAGAUGCUGCUUCGGUAGCACUGCUGCCAUUUUGGCCUGAAAACACCGACUGGACAACAACACAGAACCUGCAGACACACAGCCCGCAAAAAAAAUAAUUCAUAAGCAUUCAUAGUUAUUUCAAAGAAGAGAAACUGUAUGAAAUGUCAUGCUGUAACAACAAAUGCAACUAUUUGAUCAUCUGCUCUCAUUUUGGUUUGCAAUCUGUAACCAUUAUACUGAAACCUACAGGGUACAGUGCUGGUAAACAGAGCUGAAUGGAGAAAGUCAGCGGAGAAGACAUACAGGGAGAGAGAAACAGGAAGAGGCGGGCAGAUGUGUUUGGAGAGAGAGAUCAGAGGUGCAGUUUUUGUUUUGGCCUCUUUCGCUGGAUUUGUCUUGUUUGGUGUGUUUGGGACUGAACCAUGGAGCUGUCGGAUAUCUCUUUCCCCAUCCCUGCCGCUGAUGAUUUCUAUGACGACCCCUGCUUUAACACCAGCGACAUGCACUUCUUCGAGGACCUGGACCCGCGGCUGGUCCAUGUGGGCCUACUGAAGCCGGACGACUCCUCCUCUUCGGCCUCACCCUCCCCUUCCUCCUCCUCUUCCUCCUCCCCGUCCUCCCUCCUGCAUCUCCAUCACCACGCAGAGGGGGAGGACGACGAGCACGUCCGCGCCCCCAGCGGGCAUCACCAGGCGGGCCGCUGCCUGCUCUGGGCCUGCAAGGCCUGCAAGCGGAAGACCACCAACGCAGAUCGGCGGAAGGCGGCCACGCUGCGGGAACGCCGGCGACUAAGCAAGGUGAACGACGCCUUCGAGACCCUGAAGCGCUGCACGUCGGCAAACCCCAACCAGCGGCUGCCCAAAGUGGAGAUCCUGCGCAACGCCAUCAGCUACAUCGAGUCCCUGCAGGCCCUGCUGCGCGGCGGGCAGGACGACGGCUUCUACCCGGUGCUGGAGCACUACAGCGGGGACUCAGACGCCUCCAGCCCCCGCUCCAACUGCUCCGACGGCAUGACGGAUUUUAAUGGCCCGACCUGUCACUCAAACAGAAGAGGAAGUUAUGACAGAAGCUCUUAUUUCUCAGAGACUCCAAACGGCGGUCUGAAAAGUGACCGGAGCUCGGUGGUCUCCAGUCUGGACUGUCUGUCCAGCAUUGUGGAGCGGAUCUCUACAGACAACAGCAGCCUGCUUCCAGCUGCCGAUGGCCCCGAGUCCCCUCCAACAGACCAGGCCGGUGAGGCCGCAGCUCCCGGGCCAGUCCAGCUCCCCUCACCGACCGCCGGCCAGGACCCGAACGUGAUCUAUCAAGUCCUAUAGACCUUCACACCUGGGACUUUACCAUCCUGACACACAUCACAGAAGUUUUUUUUUUUUAACAUCCGUCCACACCUCUUUUUAUUUCCUUGUAUGGAAGGUCAUUCCUGCCAGAAAAACUAAAUUCAGUGUGAAAGAUCACUCCUGAGCUUUUGAGAGUUUGUCAAUUUAAAGAAACAUCUUACUUAUUGGGCUUUUACUGAGUUCUCAAACGCAUCGCACAGACUUCAUCAAUACAUGGACUUCAAAUUUUAUAGAUUUUAUAGUUACUGUGCAAACUCCAUGUUCUGAUGAAGACCGUGAGAUACAGUCAAACUUUGGAAAUGUGCUAGUGCUUGGGGCUCCAGUUAAGAAGAAGAACAACAACACAAAGUUUAUAUCUUAAUAUUAAGUCUUAAUUGUAAAAUAAGGAUUGUUCAAAAAUCCAUAUUCUUAGUGUAUCAGCGACAAAUAAUAAAUGUUUUAAAUAAAAAUAUAUAAAGUAUAUACAAAAACUAUGUGAUAUUUUAAAUGUCAUAAUUUAAAAUUUUGAAUUUGUAAUUUUAAAAAAAAGGGGAAACAUUUUGUUUAUCCCACACAGGGAAACUGAUAAAAUGGUGGAAACUGAAAUACAAAUGAAAAUGAAUGUAAAACUCAAAAUCAUAAUUUGGACCUUGAUGUUGAUUUGAUCAUUCCAAAAAUUUCUACACAUGAAAUAAAUUGUCUUGGCAUGAAUGACCUUCCACAGUUCAGUAUGUUUGAGCCCCUGAAUGCUGGGAAAUGUAGUUUUUGCAACGUUUUUUUUUUUGAAAAACAGAAUUUUCUGAUGAGUUCAGUUCUUGCUGUACUUUUUAAAAUUUGUUUUAAGUUAUGAAAACAUAUUUAAGCUUCAGCUGAGUCAUUCAGAUGGAUUUUUCUUCCUUUCUUACUUUAAUGUCUAUUUGAUGAAGGACGGAGGCCAAAAAACCAAAACAUCCAUUUACAUUCCUCCACUUUUUGUCCAUCUGAAGUCCUUAAGAGCCCCAGCUGUUCAAUUCCCUCAGGAAAAAAAGACAAUAAUCCUGUGAUAUAUAAAAACUUAACAAUUUCUGUAGAAACACUGCAGUAUUAAACAACAGAAGCCACAGACUCAUAUACAACUGUGGGAGUACUGUAGUGACUUCCUGUCCAAGUCACACUAAAAAUAGAGAAAAAGUUAUUUCAUUUAUCAUUCACUGCAGCGGAGGACCAUAUUGUUUCUGUACAUAUUAUGUAAAUAAGAGCUGAUUUGUUCCAACUGAAAGUAUUAAUUAUGUAUUUAAUGUUUCUGUCUGUAUGUGCUUUUGUUUGUUGUGAAAAUGUUAAACUUUAUAUUUAUACAUCUGAAAACUGAG